CAACUACCUUUCUUUGCACUUGUACAUUUCUCAUCACCCAUUCUCAUUUACUAACGUAUCCACCUUUGGCCCCCUCAGAUAUUACACCAUUUAUCCCGCGUUCUAGGUGUAGACUUUAAUAUCCCGUAUUUUCAUUCUCGAGUUAAUUAUUUUAAAACGGAGUUUUUUCAACGAAGAAGUUUCAAAGGAACAAUGAAGGUGGGAGAAAGUGGGUUUAUUUCCAAGGAAGAAACACAUUUCACUGUUUGUAAAACAUCCCUAUUCUUUACGGGUGAUGGUUUUACGGUUUAUGAUAACCACGGUGAUCUCGUCUUUCGAGUCGACUCGUAUGGUCCCGAUUGGCGUGAUCAAGAUGAAAUCGUUCUUAUGGAUGCCUCUGGUCAUUGCCUUCUCACCGUCCGUCGCAAGAGACCAAGCUUACACAAUAGAUGGGAAGGUUACACCGGAGAAAGAACCGAAGGAUCAAAGCCAAUCUUUAGUGUGAAAAGAUCAUCGAUAAUCGGACGGUCAGGAGUGACCGUAGAAGGGUACCAAAAUCCAGGGGAAGAGUACUUAAUAGAUGGUUCAUUUACACAAAGAAGUUGUACCAUAUAUGAUGCUACAACUAGGGAAGUUAUGGCCGAAAUACGAAGAAAAGUGGACGCUUCAUCUAACGUGGUGUUGGGUAAAGACGUCUUUUCUUUACUUGUAAAGCCCGGUUUUGACGCCGCCUUUGCUAUGGGCCUUGUGUUGGUGUUGGACCAGAUUAAUUCGGAAGGGCUAGUCGAUGCCAUUGCUAGUUCUGAAUCGGAUGGUUCCAAUGGUAGCGGUAAUGACUCCGUGUGAUAAUACUUCUCUAAUUAUUGGAUCGUCUAGUUCAUUUCAAAUUCGAGUAAUAAUUGGAAUAUAAAAAAGUUAAAUCGUACGAUUAAUUCUCCGGUUACUAGACCAUCUAAUAACGUGAAAAGAUCACUUGCCGUCACUCUGCCCCGAAACGGCCCAUGUGUUUUUUUUUUUUUCCCCUUAUCUUUUUAGUUUUUUCAAAUUUUGGGCUAAGGUAGUUUUUUGGCAACGCAUAAUCUGGUUUCCCGUUAGGUGGUCCAUUUGUUGCUGUCUUUGUGUUUGAGAUAUUUUUGAUGUAAAUUAUAAAUUCUCAAAAUACUCAAAAAAAAAAAAAAGAAAAAGAAAAAUAAUGCUAAAUCACCUUUUUAAAAAGUAGUUGGAUUUUUCCCCUCCCU